GUAGACUCUGCAAAUUAUUUUUUUCAUGAAAAUUCGAGAUUUUCACGAAUAGGAAGUCCGAGGCCAGUUUCGUCACAAACUCGGCCACUUCCCAACUUUCUCUUUCUAAUGAGGACAAUGCCGGGUACCCUUGCUUAUCCAAUGUACGUCGGAGUUGAAUAUCCUCCACAGAGGCCUCGCUCUCAUACUUGGAGCUCCCAAAGAAGACGGCUCUCUCGGGACACUGUUGCGACAAGACCAGGACGACUCUCUCUCGCUGAUCCACCCAUCAUUACGGAGGAAGCGACCAGCAGGUUGAGGUUGAAGGUUAUAGCGGGUCACCAAUUAGCCAAAAAAGAUAUUUUUGGUGCGAGCGAUCCCUAUGUUCGUAUUGAUCUCAACACCACAAAUGGCGACGUCACAGUUGAUUCCGUACUUACAAAAACCAAGAAAAAAACUCUCAAUCCCACCUGGGAGGAAGAGUUCAUUUUCAGAGUCAAACCUGCGGAACACAAGUUGGUGCUUCAAGUUUUUGACGAGAAUAGACUGACGAGGGAUGAUUUUCUUGGUAUGGUGGAACUUUCGCUCCUCAACUUGCCCAAAGAGCAGGAAGGCAGAACCAUUCCUACAAAGCAUUAUAUUUUGCGUGCCCGUAGUUCCGGCAGUCAAAGAGCGAAAGUAAAGGGUACAUUGGAAAUAUAUCACGCUUACAUUUCGGACUCCUCGGGCGGUGAUUCAGGGGAUCCCGACACGACGUCGGAUUCUGGGGGUUGGGAAUUAUUGGACAGACCAACACCAACUUCGGACAACAGUCCGGUACAGCAAAGUAGUGAAAAUUCGGCAGCUAACGGGCCUUUGCCACACGGUUGGGAGGAACGACAAGACGCUAAUGGACGAACAUAUUACGUCAAUCACAUAGCCAGAUUUACACAAUGGGAACGACCCACAGCAAUGAAUUCGGCACCAACGGGUGGUGUGACAAACGAGCAACGAAGUCUCGACACGGCUGCGACCGAGUUUCAACGAAGAUUUCACAUAAGCGUUGACGAUGCCGAGAGCAGAGGGCAACACAGAAGCUCAGUUAUAAAUCAGGAUGGUGAAGGGGCGCGUGAGGAAGACGAGAAUUCAGAAGCGAGGGAUUAUGACGAGGGGGUUGAGCGUGAACGAGACAAUUCCGACUGCGAGAAUGCCGUCGAUCAGCGUGGUUAUCUUGGCGAGUGUGAUGAUCAGAGCGACGAUAACGUGGAUAGUCCGGCAGGCUCCAGGCGUUCUUCGGAACAGAGCGAAAUUCCAAAGCCUACAUAUCCACUACCGAGCGGCGAUGGAUUGCCACCAGGUUGGAGCAUGCAAUUGGCACCGAAUGGUAGAAUGUUUUUUAUUGAUCAUAACGAGAGAGCGACAACGUGGGUCGAUCCGAGAACUGGUAGAGCGAGUCCUAUGCCUAGUCACAACGUGCCUUCUGCUACACCAAGAAGCGACUUGGAUCAGCUUGGUCCAUUGCCCGAGGGAUGGGAAGAGAGAGUACACACCGACGGAAGAAUCUUUUUCAUCGAUCACAAUACGAGAACGACACAGUGGGAAGAUCCGCGUAUGUCUAAUCCGCAAAUCGCUGGGCCGGCUGUACCUUACUCGAGAGAUUACAAACUUAAGUACGAAUAUUUGAAAUCGCAGCUCAGAAAGCCCAGUAGCGUACCGAACAAGUUCGAGAUCAAAGUUGGAAGAAGCAAUAUUCUGGAAGACUCUUAUCGUAUCAUAAGCUCGGUAAACAGAGUCGAGAUAUUAAAGACGAAGUUGUGGGUCGAAUUCGAGGGUGAAAUUGGGUUGGAUUACGGCGGAUUGGCGAGAGAAUGGUUCUUCCUAUUAUCCAAGGAAAUGUUUAAUCCCUACUACGGACUCUUCGAAUAUUCAGCAAUGGACAAUUACACGCUUCAAAUAAAUCCUUUCUCGGGUGUGUGCAAUGAGGAACAUCUUAAUUAUUUCAAGUUCAUCGGACGGAUUGCCGGCAUGGCUGUGUAUCACGGAAAGCUCUUGGACGCUUUCUUCAUACGCCCAUUCUAUAAAAUGAUGCUUUCGAAAACGAUCGACUUGAAGGACAUGGAGAGCGUGGACUCGGAAUAUUACAACUCGUUGUUGUGGAUAAAAGAGAACGACCCGAGCGAAUUGGAGUUGACAUUUUGCGUUGACGAGGAGAGCUUUGGGUACACGUCGCAGCGUGAAUUGAAACCGAAUGGUGCAAAUAUUCCAUUGACGGACGAGAACAAGGACGAGUACAUAAGCCUCGUAAUUCAGUGGAGGUUUGUUUCUCGGGUGCAGGAUCAAAUGAACGCUUUUCUUGAAGGCUUCAACGCUCUGGUACCGUUGGCACUCGUCAAAAUAUUCGACGAGCAUGAGCUCGAGUUACUCAUGUGCGGUAUUCAACACAUCGACGUUAAAGAUUGGAAAAAAAAUACGCUCUACAAGGGCGAUUAUCACGCUAAUCACAUCACCGUACAGUGGUUCUGGCGAGUCGUUUUAUCAUUCAGUAACGAAAUGAGAGCUAGACUUUUGCAAUUUGUGACGGGCACCUCCAGGGUACCGAUGAAUGGUUUCAAAGAAUUAUACGGCAGCAACGGCCCGCAAUUGUUUACCAUCGAGAAAUGGGGUACACCCGAAAAUUAUCCUCGAGCUCAUACGUGCUUCAACCGUAUAGAUCUACCACCGUAUGAGAAUUAUCAGCAACUCAGGGACAAAUUAAUAAAGGCUAUCGAAGGUUCUCAGGGUUUUGCGGGGGUGGACUAGCGCGAGAUACCAUUUUUUACGAUACCUGUAAUAUAAAAAAAAAAAAAUAAUAAUAAAUAUGUAUGCAUGGAUAUACAGAGAUGUAUACAUGUAUAUAUGUUUUUACGCGUGAGGUACGACACGUUUUCCGUGACUCUUUUUAUCUUUCAAACAUCUUUUCCAUAGUUUCUAUUUUUACUCGAAGCUUCAAUCCGAUAAUUCGCUGAAUUACCACUAACAAUUUGCUUGAUGUACAAUUUUUCAUCAUUUUGUUUUUAUUCCUGUUUACGGAGAAUACAUGAACAAAAAUCAGGAUUCAGCACAUUGAAAGACUUCGAGUGAGCUGAUGAUAAUAGCAAAAUAUGAAACACGGAAAAGUUUUGAUCGACGAACAUAAAAUAAUGGUAGAGUUCACGGACAAACCUUCGUGCAAGGAUGUAGAUAUAUGACGAUCCGUAUAUAUUGCCUCCAAUAUUGAUUAAUUCUAUCACGCUUAGCGCGAUAUGUACAUGUAUAUUUACACGUGCAUAAAUACACAUGUAUGUAUGUUUGAAAACGACGAAGAAACCAAGAUUUUGAAAAUUGUUGACAUCGAUGGAGCGUACUGUACCGGGCAAAGUAUAUUGAUCCAAAUUUGCAGCGUAUUUAUGAAAUCAUAUUUUCGAUUCACUAUCUUUUUUAUGGAUUUUUCCCCUCUUUUUUUUGCUAAUUUUAUUGUUCCAUCGUUAUCCUGAAUUAUUCCUUUGCUUGUACAGGGAAAGAGCGAGAGAGCAAAAGAGAAAAAGAGAGAAAGAGAGAGAGAGAGAGAGACGAGCUGAGAACCGAGAAUUCUGUGACUGUAAAGUUGAGGCAUCUUUGUUGAAACAGCUGAUGCUUGAUCGAACUUCGAAUAAAAUUGUAAAUAACUUUGUUAUAAUGAAAUUGAAAGAAAAAAAAAUAUAUAUAUAUAUAUAAAUAUAAAAAAUAUAUAUAUAUACGUGUCUUUAGUCAAGUACGAUGAACGUUGAUCGACGAGUGUAGGCAUCAAUAAGAGAAUAAGAAAAAGAAUGGGGACGGUUAUGGUUUUGAACUAAUUGAGCGAAACACCCGAAACAAGUAUUGUAUCAAUCAUUGUAAUUUCACUUCUCCGCGGUCUCGCAAACGUCUUUUCGCUGUCUUUAUUCUUAUUCUGUAUUAACCCUUAAAAAAUCCUGUAGUUUUUAUCUUCGCUACUUUUGAUUUUUUUUUUUCGUUUUCUCCGAAACUACUGUAAUUUAUGUAACGAUUAAAUUUCACGAUCGCGUGUGUUCGAGAUGCACGAUUUCUAUGAAUAUUUACGAUUAAUUCGUGCUUGUGUGCGGUGACGAGUCAAACUCGUAAUUGAGCAAAGAAAAUUGUAGUGUUAUGGGUGAACAAAAAAAAAAUAAUGAACAUAUUUUGUAUCGCAAGUUUUUAACGAGGAUGGAAUAAUUGACAGAAAAAACGAGAGAGAGAGAGAGAGAGAAAGGGAAAGAAUGUUUCGCGCGACCCCGAGCUUUUGCUUUGAUGCAGUGAAAAAAGUUGCGAGUAUCGAACGAUAUGUCCUCCUUUCGAAUUCAGUAUUUUUUGGCCAGUAAUUAGUGAAAAAAGUGAUAUUACAAAAAAAGGUUACCUCGUCCCGUCCAUAGUAAUUGAUCAAGUGCAAUUGUUUUCUGUUUUCAUCUUUUUUGGGAGAGCGUGAUCCAUCAAUUAUAAAUAUUGUCACAUCCUGCUCUGAAAAGAUGAAUAAGAGAAGAUAAAAAAACCAGAAAAAACAAAACGAAUGAAAAUUCCCUGUCUAUACGUACCGUGUAAAAAAGUGUAAAUUUGAGUGACGAGUUCUCGGGUUUUUGACCUCGGGCAACCGACAUAGAGUUGUUCAAUAAAAAAGAUUUUCUCGUCGAAAGCGAAUGAAUUUCUUGUCACAGGAGUCACCCAAAAUUUCAAUAAUUGUCUCCUUCUCCUAAUCUUUUUAAUUUUUUCCACGCGGAUUUACAAUUUACACUUUUUCCAUUCAAACUUUUGACUCAUUGUUUUCAAGAAAACAGAUGUGUAUAAAAAUGAGAAUUGGUUCGUCAAAUUUUUCCGUGACUUUGAAGACACCCAUGAAUCGUGUUGCACCACAAUAUUGGGUGACACUAUUGGCGAGAAUUUAUCAUUGAACUUUCACUUAGCAAGGAAAACCUAGUUAGUUAUGUAAAAAAGCGAAACAAAUGAAAAAGAAAGAAAAAAAAAAACUUUGCAAAAGCAGACAUUGACUUUGCGUGACUCGCGCUACGAUCGCCAGUCGACAAAGUUCGCGGAUACAUUCCAUCCGGCUUUUAUAUAUAAAAAUUAUAUUUAAAUGGUCAGAGCGAACGAAGAGAAAAGGGAUGAAAAAAGUAGGGAAAAUAUUCUUGGCCAUCGCGUCUUCUUGUAUAAUAUCGUUUCAUUUUUUUUCUUCUCUCUCUUUCAGUCGAAUGAUUUUUUUUCCUACGAACUUAACGAAUAUAUUCUCGAUUUGGUGUGUUUCUGAGAAACGCAAAAAAAUAACGAUGAAAAUAAUAAAAAUCAAACAAACCAAAUCGUAUUCAUUGAUAAACUAUUUUAUUUAUAAACUAAGCGAACAUUCCGCCUGAAUGCAUUUUUGAACAAUCGCUUUUAAUCCGAGCGUGGCGGAAUAUAUUAAUACUAUUAUUGUUAUUAUUGUCAUUAUUAUUAUUUUCACGAUAUUGAUGUGAUCGGAACGUCUAAAAAGCAAACGUUUCGUUUCGUUGACACCUUGGGGCCUGCAAAGAAAAAAAAAUCAUUAAUUUUUAGCUCUAGAUUUAUUCCUUCGAAUGAUUAUACAUCAUGAGACUUUAUGCAUAGACGAUAUAAUAGUAUCAUAAGCUUAUGUGCUUUUUAUCUUCGAAUAUUACGAAGAAAAACGGAAAUACGUUAGAUAGGAGCAAACAAUUGAUUUGUUUCGACCGGGGAAAGAGAAACAGAGAGAAAGAGAGAUGGCAAGAAAAAUUUUAAUCAUUGUGAACCAUAUUUUUUUUUCGAACCGAAUGCAUUGACUCGAGAGAUGGGUAUUUUUUGUUAUUCAACGAAACGUACUUGUUUUGUUUUUUAAAUUUUUUCUUAUAUUUAUUUAAUAUCAAUAAUGCAUAUUUUAUUUGUCCGAAGAAAAUUAUUUAUUGCUUUGAAAUAAUAUUGCUCACAGCGAAGUUCGAUUCGUGACAUGAUUCCGGGUUCAAAAUGAAACUACGUUAGUUGAUAAAAAAAAAAAGAAAGAAAAUGUAACAAAAUUUGUUCAUCUUCGAUCGACUCUCAAUCGGGGGAUCCGAUUCUGUUCCCAUUUUUCUCUCGGAGUCCGAAAAAUAUUGUUGCACGAUAUUAAUAAUUAUACUUAUUAUUAAAUUCGUUGAAAUGACGAAAGAGAAAAAAAAAACAAAUUAUAUUCCCUCAGCUAACGAAACCAGAUUUUGCGUUCCAUUCGCAUUGAUGUACAUAUUAAUAUAAUCUUACGAUGAAAAUGAAUAACAAUAAAUUGAGGUGAGAAUAAAAUACCAAAAAAGACAGAAAAAACCUAUUGUAAUGGUGAAGAAAUAUUAAAAAUAAGAAUAAUGAAAAUUGCAAAAACCGCAACACGAACACCAGAAUUUACCGUUUACUUUCGUUAACUGCGUAUCAAGGCAGGUUCUAUAAUCCGGAGCAUCCGCGGGAAAAGUUGUGCGACCGCAUAUCACAACUUAUUCGAUUGUUGGAAGAGAAAACUUGACAGAAAUCAUGUUCUUAUUACUUUUUCGAACUACUGAUAGAAACAAAAGAAUACGAAAAACAAGGACAACAAUUCUGUAAAAUUAAUAACCGCGUGAAAAAAUAACGCUUCCGGUUUGAAAAUUUUUUUUUUCCUUUUUUCGACGAAAAAUAUAGAGAAAUAAAUUAUAUUGAGAAAUUGCAAA